CUUUUUUCCCUAGCUUAAGAUGGCUGAGGGCGAUAAGAAGAAGGUCGCCCGUAAGGCGCACUGCAGCCGUAACCCCGUCUUGGCCAGGGGCAUCGGCCGCUUCUCUCGCUCCGCCAUGUUCGCCAGGCGGGCCAUGUACAAGAGGAAGACCAAAGCACCUGAAACCAAGAUUGAGAAGAAGCUGAAGGACAAGACCCCCACCACCGCCGUCAAAACUGUUGGUGGAGACAAGAAUGGAGGCACCCGUGUCGUCAGACUGCGCAAGAUGCCCCGUUAUUACCCUACGGAGAAUCCUCCCCGUAAGCUGCGGAGUCACGGCAUCAAGCCCUUCUCUCAGCACAGGAGGAAGCUGCGCUCCUCAAUCAGCCCUGGAACUGUGCUCAUCAUGCUCACCGGGCGCCACCGCGGAAAGCGCGUGGUCUUCCUGAAGCAGCUGGGUAGUGGUCUCCUGCUGGUCACUGGACCCCUGGCCAUCAACAGGGUUCCUCUUCGCAGAGCCCAUCAGAAGUUCUGCAUCGCCACGUCCACCAAGCUGGACAUCUCCGGCGUCAAGAUCCCCAAAAAUCUGAAUGACGCUUACUUCAAGAAGAAGAAGCUCAGGAAGCCCAAACACCAGGAGGGAGAGAUCUUCGACACCGAGAAAGAGAAGUACCAGCUGACGGAGCAGAGGAAGGAGGAUCAGAAAGCUGUGGAUAAACAGCUUUUGCCUCUCAUUAGAAAUUUCCCUCACCUGAAGGGGUACCUGCGCUCUCAGUUCUUCCUGUCUAACGGAGUGUACCCACACAAACUGAUUUUCUAAAAUGUUAAUAAACAGUUGCUCCAACCCACAAA